AUUUUAUCUAGGUGUUGUUCUAUGCAAGAUUUGAUCUAGGUGUUGUUCUAUGCAAGAUUUGAUCUAGGUGUUGUUCUAUAGGCCAUCAUGUCGUCCAGCGAUUACCUUGUUAGGGUGGUGUCUGUGAUGUCGCCACUGGAACAGCGACGUCUGAUCAUGUUGGCCAAACAGAACUGUUUCAAGUUGGGUCUCAGUCGGGAGAAUGACUCCUCCAAAGAUGGCGGCGUGUGUCGUGUCACGUGGGACGAUAUGUUGUGUUGGGACGUCACCCCUGCAGGACGUACAGUCUCCCAGCCCUGCCCCAACUACGUCAACGGCUUCAACAAGAACGAAUUCGCGACGAAAACAUGCACGGAAAACGGCACGUGGUGGGUGAACCCUGACCCCGUCCUGAACAGGGAGUGGACCAACUACAGCGACUGUGUCAAACCUUCCAUAGACCUCAGCUUUCACGCGGCCCACGGAGACAAAAUCCGCCUUCUGUACACCAUCGGCUACAGCAUCUCACUGGGUGCACUCGUCGUGGCUGUCGUCAUCAUGCUCUGUUGCAAAAGACUGCACUCUAAGAGCAACACGCUGCACAUCAACUUGUUCCUGACCUUCAUCCUGCGAGCCGUCAUCUCCUUUCUCAAGGACAUUCUCUUCGUCGGCAACGUCGGUCUGGAGAAAGAUGUCCGACGAGGGGCCGACGGGAUACUGGAGUUCCUACACGACGCCUCGCAUUGGGAGUGUAAGCUGGUGAUCAGCGUGUUCAUGUACAGCGUGAACGCCUGCAACAUGUGGAUCUUCGCUGAGGCUCUCUACCUCACCAUGCUCGUCUACAAGCCGCUGACCACUGAGAGGAGGGGGGUGCGGCUCUACAUCCUGCUGGGCUGGUCACUGUCGUUUGUGUUCAUUGUCCCAUGGGUACUGGUCAAGGCCUUGUAUGAAAACACAUUUUGCUGGAACAUCCAACACAACCCGGAUUAUUAUUGGAUUUUACGUGGCUCGGGGGUCGGUGUUGUAGUGAUAAAUUUCUUUCUUUUCCUGAAUAUUUUCCGGAAGUUGUUUUUAAAACUACGUCACAGUUCCCAUUUGGGAGCCAGCGGAAAGGCCAAAUAUCGGAAGUUGGCCAAAUUUAUCCUUGUUCUGAUCCCACUCUUCGGCAUCAUGUACAUCGUCUUCUACGUAGCCAUCCCGUCCAACUUUGAGGAGUCGGACUUCAACGUGGCUUACCUCUAUCUGGAAAUGGGAUACAACUCCUUUCAGGGCUUUCUACUGGCCCUGCUCUUCUGCUUCCUCAAUGAAGAGGUUCACGGUGAACUGAGGAGGGCGUGGCACCGGCACCGCAGCAGACGUACGGAAAUGUCUGCCAUGAACAAGUCCUGCAACCACUUCCAUUCGUCGUACCGACGGAGCCACUCCACGGUGCUGGGGAACUCCGUGGCUAAGCCGUGUCCCACGGGCCGGCACAAGGACUCUCACAGAAAGGAACUGUACAGGUUGCGGACCAUGUCUGUGUCCAGCGAUACGGCAAACGACAUCAGCCGGACUACGGCCAACGACAUCAGCCGGACUACGGCCAACGACAUUAGCCGGACUACGGCCAAAGACAUCAGCCGGACUACGGCCAACGACAUUAGCCGGACUACGGCCAACGACAUCAGCCGGACUACGGCCAACGACAUCAGCCGGACUACGGCCAACGACAUCAGCCGGACUACGGCCAACGACAUUAGCCGGACUACGGCCAACGACAUCAGCCGGACUACGGCCAACGACAUCAGCCGGACUACGGCCAACGACAUUAGCCGGACUACGGCCAACGACAUUAGCCGGACUACGGCCAACGACAUCAGCCGGACUACGGCCAACGACAUCAGCCGGACUACGGCCAAUGACGUCAGCCGGACUACGGCCAACGACAUCAGCCGGACUACGGCUAACUCGUGCAGCUUCAAGAUCCCGCCCAGAAUCUCAUCAGCUGACGAAGACAUUUUAUCAGCCGUUAGUGCCAGCCUUUCUCAGCCUUCUGCGAACUUGAAAACGACCUCGCUGCUGAAACAGGCGGUGAGAACUCAACACUGGCAGGCGGGGAGGGCGGGCGAGUCAACACAUAGCCAGCACCUAGCGCCUGGGUCAGGGGACAAUACAGGUGGGCAGUGUCGAUACUGUGAGCUGUGA